CCGCGAGAUGCCUCUGGGUGUCCCACUGUAGCAUCGCUCCGCGUCGCAUCGCAUCGCGUCGCAUCGCAUCGCACCCCGCGUUCGCGCCCGCCGCCCUCGGCUGCGCCUUUGGGUCUUGAGCCGAACUUCUCUGGCCUGGAGAAACUAGACUGACUGGUUUGAACAUGGAAAACCAGGAAACGGCAGGUUCUUGUCCGGAUUCCAAACAGACGGUUCUUUCCGAGGAGUUAAUUUCAGAAGGAAAAUGGGUGAAGCUGGAAAGAACGACUUACAGGGACCCUACAGGAAAAACGAGGACCUGGGAAACUGUGAAGCGAACCACCAGGACAGGACAGUCCGCGGAUGGAGUGUCCAUCAUCCCUGUGCUGCAGCGGACCCUGCACUAUGAGUGCAUCGUGCUGGUUAAGCAGUUCCGCCCGCCCAUGGGGGGCUACUGCCUGGAGUUCCCUGCAGGUCUCAUCGAUGGUGACGAGAGCCCAGAGGCAGCUGCUCUCCGGGAGCUGGAGGAGGAAACGGGCUACAGAGGGGACAUCGCGGAAUGUUCCCCAGCCGUGUGUAUGGAUCCUGGCCUGUCCAAUUGCACCACCCACAUCGUCACGGUGACCAUUAACGGAGAUGACGCCACCAACGUCAGGCCAAAGCCGAAGCCGGGAGAUGGAGAAUUUGUGGAAGUGCUUUCUUUACCAAAGAACGACCUGCUACAGAGACUUACAGCUCUGGUGGCUGACGAGCACCUCAUGGUGGACGCCCGAGUCUACUCGUACGCGCUGGCGCUGCAGCAUGCCAACUCUAAGCCCUUCGAAGUGCCCUUCCUCAAGUUUUGAGAGUCACCCCCCCCCCCCCGACUUUGUAUCAGCCUCCUGUAGAUGCAAAUGAGCCUUUUCUUAUAAUAAAAGCAGCACAAAUGC